GCUGACUACAUAAUGACGUCGCCCACUACGUGGCGCUAGGAGCGCAAUACCUUGGCCGGCUUACUUCAACUUACCCUAAUAAAUAUAAUAAAAUAUUUUAAAUAAUUCUAUCAUUAAAAGAUAAAGCAUUCCAUAAAAAUGAGUAGUUUGUAAAAGAAGCUGAGUGAUGUAUUUUGAAAACGUAGUGAUAAUUUUGACUAUCUAAACAUAUUACAGUACACAUAUAUAUGUAUAUAUAUGCUCAAUGUGGACUAGGGCUCGUGACGAGGAAAAGGAGGAAAAGGAGGAAAAGGAGGAAAAGGAAGAAAAGGAAGAAAAGAAAAAAAGGCAACGGCGACGACAACGCAAAACACUCGGAAACAAUCAACAAGGAUUCGAAUGGAAAAUUCGGUCGAUUAUCCUCGAUUGGGCGAGUUACUUGGAGAGAUAACGAAACGGUGAUCAUCAUGGUAAACGCGAGCAGCGUUGUGGCGCAUUUCGUGAAAUUGCUGGUGACCGCGAUAUGCAUGAGGCAUCUCGCAGAGCCUUACGGGGCAAAGGCCUCGCCAACUACGUGGUCUCUGCGUGCCUUUCGAAUUCUCUUCAUGCACUCGAUUUUGGGCAUCUUCAGAUUCGGAGUUCCGUUUACUUCGUCGUCGACACCUACGGCGAGAUGCUUCCGAAGCUUUUAUGAUUGGUUUUCCAAUGUCAUUGAAAUUGUUCCUUUGGCAUUACUGACAUUUGGUAUAUUGAGUGUAUAUCAGAUAGACGAAAAGAUACGUAUGCUUUUAUUGUUUCUUGGUACAAUACCAAUAUUUUUUCCAUUAGCGAUAAAACAGAAGGAAAGACAAAUUAGGAAACUCCGUUUUCUAACUAAUAUCACUAUCGUACUACAGAUAUUGCCGAUAAUGAUACUUGGUUUGCAAAAUGGCAAUUAUAAUGUUAUUAGUUUAGUUGUUUCCUAUACUUUUGAACGUUUCUUUGUGGAAGAAUUUUGUUAUCGGUACAAUAUACCGUACACUGAUUUGAUGCAAUAUUGUAUAUGUUUUGUCGAGAUCUUCACAGUAUCAACAUUGCAAGAAUUGUAAGAAUUCAAUUUUGAAUUGACUUAUCUAUUCGAGGCAAUUGUCGUUUGAUUAUAUUUGAUAUGAAGAUAUAUGUAUGUUUGAUAUGUCAAUUCUUAAAAAUGGCCUAAAGAAUCUGCGCCAUAAUUAUGAUAAUCUUUCAACAAUUAUUCUAUAAUAUAGAUGGUAUGAUAUAUAACAAUAGCAUUAUUUUGCUAUCAGUUUAUAAAUUUAUGUCAAAGAGAUGAUAUAAGACAAAAUAAAUGUUUAUGCUAAUUUUUCAUAUAUAUUACAUGCAUUGCAAAAAGAACUGCCGAUUUUCAAAGUAAGAUAUAUAUGUCAAUUACAAUUUUUAUAAUAUAUAUAAAAAUUAAGUCAUAUUUUUUAUUCUUUCUAUAUUAUACAGGAUGUCCCAUUUUAAUCGACCAUCCCUGAUAACUUCGCAAAAGCGGUCAAAUAACAAAAUGUUUCAUACAAAAGUUGUAGGAUUUUAAGUGGCGCAUUACAUAGCAAUAUUAGUAUGACCUUGAAUAGCGUUGUCAAGGUCAUAUAAAAAUCACAUUGAUAUUUUUAAAUGGGAUCCUCAAUUUUUAUUGCAUAUUCAUGUAGUUUUCCUUGAGAGCUUUUCAAAAUACUAUAAUAAAGUAUUUUUUCAUUAAGUAUUUUUCGAGUUAUUUUAUAUCUUAAUCUGAUAUAUUUUGAUAUAAAAUAUAUAAAAUAUCUCGUAAAAUAUUUAUUUUUCGAUAAUCUUACUGUGAUACUUUUAUGUAAUACUUUUAUGUAUAGAAUAAUGUGAGAUGGAUCAAUUGAUUUAAAAGGGGGAAAAAAAAGCGUCAAAAAAUACAUUGUAAAUAAUUACGUACUUUUUCUUAAAAACUAUUAUUUUCUUUAUACCAAUUCAUCUCAUUAUUCUGUAUGAAACAUUUUUUUAUUCGACCGCUUCCUCGCGAAAUUAUCAGGGGUGGUUGAUUAAAAUGGGACAUCCUGUAUAUAGCAAAAAAAAAUUAUAAUCUUUUGCUGAUAGCUUUUUAAUAUAUUCUGUGCGAUAUAACUAAAUUCUUCUAGGAAAACAAAGCAGUAUAGUAUUUUCUGACAUAUUCACACAAUAUAUCAUAAAAAAUAAUCUGAAAUAUUCUUUUAAUAACGAACUGAGAAGAUGCAUACAAAUGCAAUACAUUUGUUGAUUUAACCUAUGUAAUCAAUUUUUUUAUCUAUGUGAAACUUGCAUAUAUAGAAAGAAAAUAUUUAAUCGCCGGCCUAUUUAAAUACUAUACACACACACGCACACACACACAUAAGUGAUCAUUAAUUAUGAUUUUUUUAUAAGUGAUAGUGGCUGAUAUAGAGGUUUAUAUUCUGAUUUUACGAUUGAAUAUAUAAAACAAUUGUUGUCCGAUUGAUUUAUUGUUUAUUGUCAGGUGCAGCAGGGACAUACUUUUAUCUAAUAAUGUGUUGUUGGAAUUUUUAAGAUUAUAUCUAAUUCAAUGAUAGAGAAUUGCACCAUCAAAGCACAAUUCUCUGACAGGGAAAUGCUCCUAUUUAAGACUUGUGUACUACAAUUUAUCUAUAGUUUAUUAACGGAACAUUUUAUCUAUAAUAUUUUGAUAUUGUAAUAUAAUGAUAAUAAUUUUUUCCUACAAGAUUUUGCUACAAAUUUAUCAGAGAGAUGUAUCAAUUUUUGUAAAUGUAAAAUUUUUUCUAUACAAA